AUGCCGGUCCUCUACCACCUCACACUGCAGAAGCCGACGGCGAUCGUCCACGCGCUGCAAGGCAACUUCAGCGCGCCGCGAGCGCAGGAAGUCGUCGUCUCUCGCGGGCGCAUCCUGGAGCUGUUGCGCCCAGAUGACCAAGGCAAGCUGCAGGCGAUCGCCAGCACCGAGGUCUUUGGCAUCAUCCGCUCCAUCGCCGCCUUCCGACUCACCGGCGCCAACCGCGACUAUCUCGCCGUAGGCAGCGACAGCGGCCGCCUCGUCAUCGUACAGUUCUCCGCGGAGAAGAAUGAAUUCGAACGUGUUCACUGCGAGACCUAUGGAAAAACCGGUGUCCGGCGCGUGGUGCCGGGUGAGUACCUGGCGGUGGACCCCAAGGGCCGCUCGCUAAUGGUCGCGGCCGUCGAGCGGCAGAAGUUUGUCUACAUCGUGAACCGCGACAACAAGGCGCAGCUGACGAUCAGCAGCCCACUGGAGGCUCACAAGAGCCAUGCGAUCUGCCACGAUUUGUGCGGCAUCGACAUGAGCUUUGACAAUCCGCUCUUCGCCUCGCUGGAGCAGAACGUCGAGGCCACCGACAAGAAACCCGCGACGCCAGGCGUCACAGUGCCGAAGGGCGUGUGUCUGUGGGAGAUGGACCUUGGGUUGAACCACGUGAUCAAGAAGGCGACGCUUCCUGUGCCGCCUUCGGCGCACUGUUUGAUUCCGGUGCCGGGAGGCGGCGGCGCGGACGGUCCGAGCGGCGUGUUGGUGUGCUGCGGCAACUUUUUGCUCUACAAGAAGCCUGACCACGAGGAGAUUUCGUGUGCGAUUCCGCGGCGUCUGGAGACGGGGUCGGACCGCGGCUUGGUCGUGGUGGCGUUUGCGGUGCAUCGCAUGAAGGACUUUUUUUUCAUUUUGAUUCAGACGGAGUACGGCGACAUCUACAAAGUCGAGAUUUCGCACGAGGAGGGCGUAGUGCGCGAGAUCGUCUGUCGGUACUUUGACACCGUGCCCGUGGCGAAUGCGCUUUGCGUGCUCAAGUCGGGGUACUUGUUUGUCGCCUCGGAGUUUGGAAACCACCUGUUCUACCAGUUCACCGGCAUCGGGUCGGACGCCUCGGAUCCGCGCUGCUCGUCGACUCACCCGCUGGGACGCGAGGCGAUCAUCGCCUUCAAGCCGCGACCGCUGAAAAACCUCGCGCUGGUCGAUGAGCUGCCUUCGCUCUCGCCCAUUACCGACCUGAAGGUGCUCGACGCGCAGGGCACCGGCGCGCCGCAAGUCUACGCUCUCUGCGGCAAGGGCCCCCGCAGCUCACUCCGCAUUUUGCAGCACGGCCUUGGCGUCGAGGAGAUGGCAGACAACGAGCUCCCCGGCCGCGCGCGGGCUGUCUGGACGACGAAGCUCUCGCACGAGAGCGCCUUUGACGGAUACAUUAUCGUCGCCUUCGAGGGCAGCAGCUUGGUGCUGCAGAUCGGCGACACGGUUGAGGAGGUGACCGAUUCGCUCUUCUUGACUAACGUCUCGUCGCUGCUCGUCGCGCUCAUGUAUGACGACUCCUUCAUCCAAGUUCACGAGACCGGCAUCCGCCACAUCCUCAAGAGCAAACGGAUCAACGAGUGGCGCGCGCCAGGCGGGCGGCGCAUCAAAGCCGCCGACGCCAACGACCGCCAGCUCGUCAUCUCGCUGUCGGGCGGCGAACUCGUUCUCUUCGAAGUCGACGACGCACACACCCUCGUCGAGACUGCGCGCAGAAACAUCAACGUCGAGACGACCUGCAUGAGCAUCCAGGCGACGCCUAAGGGACGCCUCCGCGCCUCCUUCCUCGCCGUCGGCGGCUUGGACAACAUGGUACGCAUCCUCAGCCUCGAAAAAGACCGAAACCUGCGCCAACUCGCGACCCAGCUUCUGCCCAACAACGCCACUCCCGAGAGCGUCUGCCUCGUCACACUCACCGGCCUUGGAACGAGCAACACUGAAAAAGGCAAAACAAACGACGACGCUGGCAUCCUCUACCUACACGUCGGCUUAAACACGGGUAUCAUGAUUCGCAGCGUCGUCGAUCCCGUUCUUGGAACACUUCUCGACCAGAGGAGCCGAUUCCUGGGAGGCCGCGCAGUGCGCUUCCAUGCCGUGACUCUUGGAGGCCAGCCGGCAAUCCUGGCGCUCAGCGAGAAAUCCUGGCUCUGCUACACUUUCCAACACAAGCUUCACUGCACACCGCUGAACUACGACCCGCUCGAGUGCGUCGCUUCCUUCUCCUCUGAACAGUGCGUUGACGGUUUCGUCGCGAUUGCCGGCGGCAGUCUGCGAAUCUUCAGGUGCCAGAGGCUUGGGGAGACCUUCAGUCAGACGGUGUUGCCGCUUUCCUUCACGCCCCGCGCGAUGACCGCUCUUCCUCAUCUCCCUGCAACCGAGCCCCACGACACACUGAACCCGGCGGCGGGCGACGUGGAGCCUGCGCGGCGAACGGCAGCGCUGGCGAUCGUCGAGGCAGAUCACAACGCAUACGACGAAUCGACGAAGGCGGAGAUUCGCAGGGCGCUCAAGGGGAUCAAAGUCAACCAGGAGGAGGAAGAAGAAAAGGAGGAAACCGACGACAUGCAGCUUGAGGAAAAGGAGCAACAAGAUCUGCCGGAGGACCUCUACGGAACCUUCAAAGCCGGGGAGGGCAAAUGGGGAUCCUGCAUCCGCAUCGUCAAUCCUCUCAUGGCGACCACGAUGGACAAGGUCGCGCUGGAGACCGACGAGGCCGCGCUCAGCUGCUGCUACUGCGAGAUGGAGGGCCUGCCGCUGCUCAUCGUCGGGACGGUCACUGCGAUGACGCUGCACCCCAGAAAAGUGCCUCAGGCGUCCAUCAAAGUGUUUUCCUACGACGAGAGGUUUACCCUCAAUCUUCUUCACUCGACUGCUGUUGAGGACUACCCGAUGGCGCUCGCGCCGUUCCGCGGCAUGCUCCUGGCGGGCGUCGGCCCCAAGCUCCGCCUGUACGCCCUGGGCAAGAAGCGGCUGCUGAAGAAAUGUGAAUACAAGAACCUGCCUUGUGGCGUGGCGUUCAUCCGUGUCGCGGGCGACAGAAUUUUCGUCGGAGACUUGCGCGAAAGCGUCCACGUGAUGCGGUACCGCCUCAGCGAAAAUCUUUUCUACGUCUUGGCGGACGAUGUGAUUCCGAGGUGGCUGACGAAGGGCGAAGUGCUGGACUACCAUACCUUUGUUGCCGCAGACAAAUUCGACUCCAUCUUCAUCUGCCGCGUGCCGAGCGAGGCGAAGCAGGAGGAGCUUGGAGACGCCACGGGGCUGCGCCUGCGAGGAGACACUACGUAUCUGACAGACAAGUGCUUCAAACUUCAAAACGUGCUUCAGUUCCACAUCGGCGAAACCGUGACCGCCCUCGAGCGCGCGACGCUCACGUCAGGGGCCUCGGAGUGCGUCGUGUACGGCACUGUCAUGGGCGCGAUCGGCUCUUUCUGUCCCUUCCUAACCAAACAUGAGAUGGAUUUAUUCACGCAUCUCGAGAUGGUGUUGCGCACGGAGAAGCCUCCGCUAGGCGGCCGCGAGCACAUCAUGUUCCGUUCGUACUACCACCCGGUGAAGAACACGGUCGACGGCGACCUGUGCGAGAGCUACGCGCUGCUGCCCGCCGACGUGCAGAAGAGAAUCGCCCAGGAUUUCGAAAAAACCCCCGCAGAGAUCCUGAAGCACCUCGAAGAUAUUCGAAACCGCAUUCUCUAG